AUUUAUUUGUAUAUAUAAGUGGAUAUAAUUGUCUCUGAUUAAAUAGAGAAAAGAAAACCAUGUCAGCGUUUGUUGGAAGUUGGAGGCUGGUGGAGACGACGAAUUUCAAAGCACUUCUUGAUAAGGUUUAUGUUGACGAAAGGGUAAGACAAGCAAUUAUGAACCACAAACCAACGGUAACAUAUACACUAGUAGGAAGUGAUGGUAUGGAAAUAAAGACUGAAUCAGAAAUGGGGACAAAUGUGAUGACUUUUAAAUUUGGUGUAGAAUUCAUACAAGAUACAGGAUUCCUUUCAACACCAAAGACGGUAAUUAGAAAGUUGUCUGAAAAUGCUAUUGAACAAACUCAGCAACACUCAACUGGUAUUGUCAAGGUUCUUCGUACCGUAGAAGGUGAUAAAAUGACAGUGGAUGUCUCUAUGGAUGAUGUGAAAGGCGUUCAAAUAUUUGAACGCCUAUGAAGAACACUUCGCCGUGAUAAUAACAGAUUCUGGAUUAUGUUCAGUUUAUUUUUUGUCUUAUUCAUGAACUUUUCAUACCUUGGUG